AUGCCACCAAAAACAGAUACAGAAAUUCAAACCAAACCAGAUAAAAAAGUAGGAGGUUUUUCAUGCACUUAUAAAAGUCCGGGUCCCAAAUAUAAACUCAAAACUCUCGUCGGUUACAAAGAGCAUUGUCUUUCCAGACAUCGAAAUCCAGCAUAUACAUUUGGUAUAAGACAUCAUGUUUUUGAAGAAUGCUUAUCACCAGGACCAAAAUAUAUAUUAGACAGACCUAAGCGUAAUGGUUUUUCAUUUGGAUUAGUUGGAAAGACUUUUGGUAAAUUAUUUUUUUCUAUUUUAUUAGUACCUUUUUGUGGUCCUGGUCCAAAAUAUUUAUUGCCAAGUCCAAAAGGACCAUCUUUUACAAUAAAAUCAAGAACGAAAACUAGACAAACUUGUGUUACUCCAGGUCCUAUUUCUGUAACCCUUCCUCGAGCAGGUCCUGCUUUUUACAUAGGACAACGUUUACCUGUUCUAAAACGUGAUUGUGUACCGGGUCCCAAAAUUUAUAAUGAUGUAUUGGUUAAACAAAGAGCUCCAAUGUACAGUAUGUCUUAUAGGCAUCCUAUAAAAGAAAUUUGUCGUUCUCCAGGUCCAAAAUAUAAUCUUAAAUUUGGAAAAACACCUCCUAUAUACUCUUUUGGAAUCAAACAUAGUGAAUGCGCUCCACCUUAUUUUAUUGAAUGUGAUGACCAAUGUUAA